AUGGCUCAAAAUAUUUUUAUUGUAGCAGCAAAACGCACUGCCUUUGGCACAUUUGGAGGUUCUCUUAGAGAUUUGACAGCUACCGAACUUGGUAGUGUUGCUGCAAAAGGAGCACUAUCUACUUUACCACCAAAUUUACCAAUUGAUUCAAUAAUUUUUGGUAAUGUAAGUCAAACUGAUAGCACUGCUCCAUAUCUAGCAAGGCAUGUAGGACAUCGUACAGGUCUGCCAAUUCAUGUACCAGCUUUAACUCUUAAUAGAUUAUGUGGAUCGGGUUUUCAAACAGUUAUCAGUGCUAUACAAGAAAUUCGUUCCGGUGACUCAAACAUUGUUCUAACAGGUGGCACUGAAAAUAUGAGUAAAUCACCAUAUAAACUUAAUAAUAUUAGGUGGGGUACUACUUUUGGUUUAGAUUUGACAUUGGAGGAUUCCUUAGCAAUUACUUUAGUUGAUCACUAUCCGACAAAGACUCCCAUGGGAGUUACUGCCGAGAAUUUAGCCAAAAUAUAUAAGAUCACUCGUGAACAAGCUGAUGAAUAUGCUUUAAGUAGUCAAAAACGUUGGGCUGCUGGAUAUUUUGAAAAUGAAAUUGUACCAAUUGAACUUAAAUUACGUAAAGGCCAAAUAAAAGUAUUCAAGACUGAUGAACAUCCACGUCCACAGACUGAAAUUCAAUCUUUACAAAAACUUUCUCCUGUGUUUAUCAAAGAUACUGGCACUGUGACAGCUGGUAAUGCAUCAGGUAUUAGUGAUGGAGCUGGUGCAGUGGUUGUAGCAUCAGAAUCAGCUGUUGAAGAACAUAAAUUAACACCUUUAGCAAGAAUUGUUAGCUACCAUGUUUCUGGAGUUGAACCCACAAUUAUGGGAAUCGGUCCUGUGCCUGCUAUCAAAAAUGCAUUAGAUAAAUCUGGCUUGAAAUUGAGUAACAUGGAUUUGAUUGAAGUUAAUGAGGCUUUUGCUGCUCAAUAUUUAGCUGUUGAAAAGGAAUUAGGAUUGGACAGAAAUGAAAAAAUUGAAUCUGAAAAUAGAGAAUAUUACAUAAAUAAAAUCAAAGAUCUAAUUGAAGAAAGCGAUCUAAAUGUUAAUUAUUCUAUGGAAAAAAUUAAUUCAGGUGAAUUCAGUGAAGUGUUUAAGGCAACUCAUAAAAUAACAAAUAAAGUUAUUGUUAUUAAAUCGAUUUCAAUAAGGGAUUCGAAAUUUCUAAAUAUUUUAUAUAAUGAAGUAUUAAUUAGUAAAGUAGCAAGACAUUCAAACAUAAUAAUAAAUUACACCCAAUAUAUUAAAAAAGAUCAUAUUUAUUUGUUGAUGGAACAUUGUGAAUUUGGUUCUUUAUACAAUAUUAGAAAUAAGAAACCAAAUAAAAAAAUGAACGAAAAAGAAGUUUCUUUUAUAGUGAAAGAAGUUUUAAAAGGUUUAAAUCAUUUGCACUCUAUUGGAUUCAUACAUAGAGAUAUUAAGGCACAAAACAUUUUAGUCAACUCUGAAGGAAAAAUAAAAAUAGAAUUAAUAAAAUCUGUUGGUUUACCUCCUUUACCCUCAAAUAUUUCUCCGGGAUUUGAAUCAUAUUUAAAACAUUCAUUCACAAGUAAUCCAGUAAAUGCUAAUGAUAAUGGUAGCAGUAGUAAUUUCCUAAAACUUCCUUAUUAUGCAUGUGAUAUUAAUAUUUUUUUUAAUUUUUCCAUUAUGUUUAUAUUUUUAAAUCUAGUGUGGGCAGUAAUUAGAUUAUCCAAGAAGUAUCUUCCAGAUAUGGCAGUUGGAUUUUCUCAUCCAAGGGUUACUAUUCAUAUUGGCGAUGGAUUUCCUUAUCUAAAAGACAAACAAAAUACUUUUGACGUCAUCAUUACUGAUUCCUCUGACCCUGUUGGUGAAUGUCAAUGGCUUCAUCUUCCAUUAAUCUCUGAAGUUCAGGGAUAUUGUAGAUCAGUAUUUAAAGUAGUUGAUUAUGCAUUCACCACGAUUCCCACAUAUCCUUCUGGUCAAAUUGGUUUCAUCUUAUGUGGAAGAGAUGAUAACGUUGAUUUUAGAAAACCAAUUAGAACUUGGUCAGAAGAAGAAGAAGCCAAGUUAUUUAAGUAUUAUAAUUCAGAAAUUCAUAAAGCUGCUUUUGUCUUGCCUCAAUUUACUAAAAAUUUUUUGAAAAGUGCUGAUUCUUUGGUUGAUUCUUUAAAGAAAUCUAUUUUCAACGAUGAGAAGGCAAAAUCAGCUACUGUUUUUUCUUUACUAGCUUGUAAUAAUAUAGACGACCAAUCAUUACUUAAAGAUAUAGAUAUCACUAUUAUUCUCGGUAACAAACAAAGACCGUUGCCCAAACCCUUUAAUAAUCGUCCUGGAUAUGAUAUGAAGUAUGUUGUGUCAUACAUCAACAAUUAUCAUCCUAUUUAUUAUGUUGAAGAAUUUGAGAAAAUCGAAAGAUCAUAUGACAACUUGUCUAUCGUAAAACGGGAUGAAAAACUUAUUCAAUGGGCAGUACGAGUUAGAAUCAAUCUUCAAGAUUUAUUAAUUCUUGAAAAUUCAUUCUUACAAUUUAACUGGACAAAAGAAGCAAAAAUUCACACGUAUACGAGAAGAUUUCAACCAAGUCAUAUCGAAGGAAUAUUAAUUGCAUAUAGAAACGGUGAUAUCUCAACCCAACGUUGUAGGGGUGUAGAACCCGGUUGUUUCAUUAUUCAACAGAAAAUACCUGAUAAUAAUCAAGUUUUUCGAGUAGUUAUAGGCGAAGAAGAUAAUUACUGGACAAUAAUCACUUUUUAUAUUUCAUCCGCCCGUCGAUACUGGGAUAAAAUGUGUAUUAAUCUAAUUAAUAAGGAUCUCAUUGUUUAUCUACCUGUAUUUAUUGCACAUUCUUCAUCAUCGCAACCACCACCAAUCGCUAAUAUCGAUAAGAAUGUUUUUCCAAAUCAUUAUAAUAUGAUUGAUGAAAAUGCUGAUUUUUUUGUCGAAGAUUUUAGAAAAGAUGACGACGAAGUUCUUGGUCAGGUAUCAUCACCUGUAAAUAUACCCUCUAAAAAAGGCAGCAGCGGAAUACUUCCAUGGUCAAAUGUUGAAAAUGAUGGUGUUGGGAAAAAUUCACCAAAAGCAUCAUCUCCUGGCUCUGUAUUUAUAUCUGCAAGCCCGAAAAAACUUGGUUCAUUCGCUUCAUCAAUAUUAAAUAUUGCUAAUAAACCUAAACAAAUGUCUCCUACAAGUCCUUCAAAAUUAAUUCACAAAUCCCCUCCAUUAGCUCCUGCUUCUCCUUAUGCAUAUAUACCAGCUUUUGAUCGUGUAAGAUAUUUAUCUUUCACUACUCAGGAACAAGGUCAAUUACAAAAUAGACCUUAUGAUAUUACACAACUAAAUCGAAAUCCUUCAUCGUCGAAAUUCGGAGGUUUUGGGAUUUUUAAUGAUCAAAUGUCUCCUCCUACUUCCGAAUAUGAAUUUAUUCCAUCACCGCCUGACCCUUCUUCUAAUAUUGAAAAAUGGCUCGAAAAUCAAAAUAAUGAUAGCUCACCUGAAUUUUCCAAAGCUUCUUCUUCACCGUGGUCUCAUUUAAACAAAUCACAAGAAAUAAUUAAUGCUUCUCCGCAUUCUCAAUCGCAUCAUCCAAAGCCCAUCGUUCCUUUUGGAUCCAUAUCUUCUCCCACAGGUCCUUCAGGUCUCACUUUAUUAAUGCGAAAACAAUUAUCUCCACCAUUGCCGAUUCAAGAUUAUCAGUUUAACGAACCUGCGUUAACAAUAAGUCAGGAAUAUAGUCAUGUGCCUAGAGGACGCCGUAUCCUUGGUUUUAAACGGGCAAAAAGAAAUCAAUCACCAAAUACUACAUUAGUUAAAAUUGAAGGAGUAACUACGAAAGAAGAGACUCAGUUCUAUCUUGGGAAACGUGUUGCUUUUGUAUAUCGUGCUAAGCGUGAGAAAAAUGGUAGCAAGAUUCGUGUAAUUUGGGGUCGUGUUUCAAGGUAG